CGCCAACAUAUAAUCUCAAAGGCCUACAUAUGGUUUUAGCCAUUAGGCUUAAUGUAGCAAGAAACCACAUUGAACGUUGUGAGGACCUUCACGACAAAAGAAAAUAAGGAGAGGAGAACCCUAUCUCUCAUAUAAUAGGCAUAUAAAAAUAAAAAGAUGAAGUUGAAGAAGCUUUAGAAGCGACCAUAUGGGCUCUCUCCUUCAUAAAACACGCCUCUAGGAUAAUCUCUUCUUCAUGCUAGAAGACGAAAAAGUAUGUUGCUCGUGGAGGGAGGUUAAAUUGUCAUCAGUGGUAUAGGCAGAUCUGAUUUCCCUCGCAUCUUUAGGCUCGAGGUCGAAAAUAACCAUGUUCGUCUUGCUUCCUAGGAAAACAGAAGGGAAAGGAGAGUCAUUAUCACUUUCACUACUGUUAUCGCUCUUAGAAUUAAGAGAGCUCUCAAAACUUUUGAACAUACCUAGUUCCACUAAUUUAUAGUCAACAAUCUCAUCAAGACGUCUAGCAUUCCUAUAACAAUAACUCUACAAGGUUAUACGCUCGUCACAAGUGGGGGUUCAACCAAGUUACAAUCCUCAGCUAAAUCCCUAAUAAUUGCCAUAAAGAAAGGGGGAAAGAAAGGGGAAAAUCUCUAAAUAGAUCUUGAACUUGAGCUCGCGAAGAAGGAGAAAAUGUUCAAGGUAGGAGAAACGGUUUGUGAACCCUAAAUGAAGACAUUUGUAAAUGAGGAAAAGCUGGUCCUUGUCUCCUUAAAUAAGGAAGGAAACUAGAGUGAAAUAUUUUUGUAGUUGUUAUAAAUUUGUAACAUUUAUUAAUACUUGCACAUCAACAAACUCAUCUAGAAAACAAAGGGAGUGGAGUGUCGAAAUUGAGUGGAAUCGCCGACGCUAAUCAGAAUGGAAGACCCCCUUGCAGAACUGGAACGAGUCCAAACCCACAUCCUCCAACGCAUAUCAAAACUCGAACAACAUUCUCAUCUUCCAACAAACCCCCCUCUCAUCAACGACCCUGAAACUCUUUCCGACACCGACACAGUUUCUCGUCUCUCUUCCAUUUUACACAGCAACGCCGUUAACGACUUCUCCUUCAAGAGAGUCGCUUCCGAUUACUACGAUUGGCCCCUCGAAGCCCGCCGUGAUGCUCUAAAUGCUGCAUCGGUUCACCAUCUUUGUAAAAGCAUCGUUUUGGUCAACACGCAAGCUCCUUCCAAUGUCGUUGAUUGUUCUGAUCGAAACAAUUCAAAAUACUAUGUUGUCGUUGUUCAGUAUAGUGCUCGGUUCAAUGCUGAAGCUGUGAGAAGCUUUUUAUACUCUCUCAACAAUGGAACUAUAGCCAAAAAGAAAUUCAACUUGAGGCUAGCCCCUGAGGAGAUAUCAGCGAAGUUAACCGGAUAUGGGCACAAUGCCGUGACUUGUAUUGGCAUGAAAACAGACAUUCCGGUGAUUUUGGAUGAAGCAAUUGUUAAACUAACUCCAGAUUUCUUUUGGUUGGGUGGUGGUGAGGUUGAUCUUAAGCUAGGGAUCCGGACAUCCGAAUUAAUCAGAUUUAUCAACCCAUUCAUCAUCAGCUGUAGUAGUAAUUAAUUUUGUUGGUUAGAAUAGGGGUCAGGAUAAAUCAAGGAUAGGUGUCAUUUUCAGCUUUCCAUUCUUGAUUUUUAUACUAUUGAAUUGUUGUCAUCUGAGGAAGAUGUUUAUAUUUCACAUAAAAUUUUCUGCUCUUCUGAA